CUCUCGGCCACGCAGACACUCCUCCUGUGAGCAUUGGCGAGGCAGCUCCUGUCCCCUAUGUCUCUUUGUGGGGAGCACAACAGACUUUUUCCCUCUUGCAUCACUGGAGACGAAGCAGAGCUCCGGGGAGGCGGAAACCUCCAGGUGCGGAACUCCGAGGCAAAAGUCCAAAAGAGACGGCAAAAUUCAGGAGCCGGAGCACAGAAAGACUCUUAAAAGAAACUACCGGAUGGAUUGGACUGGACUGCAUCACUUUAAGGUGGAAUCUUCUUUAUAAGUUUUUGCAUUCUCUUUGAAAAAGUUAGAGCAGCAUAUAAAAUUCAGAGUGUUUGUUUUAUAUUUAUCUGUCCCCCAGAGCACUUUCCUAACAGUCCCUCACUCUAUGAAAUGGAGAUGCUCUUUAAAGAACAUCAUGAAUGGUCUCGACAGUGUUUUUGAUUCAGCAGCCGGGCGUUUAUCUUAAUUCGCCAGCUCUUUCUGAGGAGUCUGCAUGAAAGACUGCAUUGAUAUUGCUCUGGGGGGGGAAUAACUUGUGAAACUUUAGAGCAAAAAAAAAAAAAAAAGGAAAAAAAGAUAUGGAGUUGAGUUACAAAAAUCUGGAUUUUUAGUGACGUUUUAAAAGGACAGGAGCAAUGUUUACAGGGGACGGAGUGGUCAGCGGUCACUUCCUGACCGGUGGCGCCUUCAAGCCUCACCCUGGACUGGAAGUAAAUACAACGAUUCAAAUGGAGAUGGGGCAAGCCUUCGGGGCCUAUCCUCCGUACCAGGCUCAAGUUUGCACCAAUGUAAGCUUGCCCAAAGUGGCAAACAAUGUAUCAAGUACUUUUAAAGUGGUGCCACCCCUACCAGUCCCACCCCCUGCUCUCAAACUGGGGCAGGAAGGCUUCAAGAAAGUCUCCAGGACGGAGGAGAACAGUCCAUGUCCCUUUCCCGGACUGGCCUCUGGGGUGCUGGAGAUGCGGGUGAAAGAAGGGAGUAAGAUCCGCAACCUGAUGGGGUUCGCCAUGGCGCGGAUGCAAGGCGGAGAUGCGAGCGGUGGAUGUGGAGAAGCUGGCGGGUUGAGGCAAGUGGUCUUCACCGGGUCGGGUCGCGCCGUCACCAAGACCAUCACCUGCGCCGAGAUCAUGAAGCGAAAAGUGGGCUCGUUACACCAGAUGACCAAGCUGCAGUACAAGGUGGUGAAAGAGGUGUGGGAGAACACCGACGGGGGGACGUCAGAGAUGACUGUGCACAGGACCGUACCCUCCAUCAGCAUCCUCCUCUCCAAAGAUCCUCUGGACACCCGGGAGCCAGGCUACCAACCCCCAGAGACUCUGGGUGCAUUGUGGGAGGAGAGGGAAGGCGGCACACAGUCAGCAUUUAAGAGACCUCUCACACCUUCGCCGCUCAGCAGUUUCCCGCUGUGUAAGCGGGUGUGUUCUGGAGAGGGGGUCUCAGUCCUCCCCCCGCACUGACUGGACGUCAAACAGUGCAUGGGGGGAUUGGAUCCGAAGAGUUCAUUUGGAGCUGCCCUCCGCUCAAGCACAACGCUGAGACAAUCAGAACAGUCACUCAGACAGAACAGUGCUUUCUCACAAGAAUUAAGUACCAAUUGCAGCCUUGGGAGGUCAGACCGGACUGGGAUGUUUUAAAGCUUGCCUUCUGUACAUACAGCUAGGGACCACAAUUGUGAUCUUGUCCGUGAUACAAAACCUUAAACAGAAUGACUUUACCUUUAAGCUAGAGAAAAAAAAGCCAUGAACUGCAAAGUAACUGUUUUGCGCCCAUAGAGCCACAUUUUUGCGUAGAACCGAGACCACAAAGACAAACAGCUUAAAAGCCAUUGAUGAUAAGACAAAUGCAAAAACAUGUCAAUUUGUAUUUGUCUGAAUAUUAAAUGUUUUUCCCCUCCCCAAUGAAAAAGCCUCCGCUAUAUUUUAUCUAUUCCUCGCAUGGCUCAAUUUGCAAUUGAAAAGAAAACAGACGUGCCAACGCUGCACAAAGACAACAACAUCAGUAAACUUGAGGUUGUAGCAGACAAAUUCUCAUAAUAUAUCACACUGACCCAAAUAUAGGAGUAUUUUUUUGUCUAGUCUGAAAAAGACAGAUUUUCUUAUAAUUGGGGUCUUGAGAUUUACACUGGCAAACGGGUUGUCACUCGAACGCCCAACACACCAGCAACCUGCAGCCGCGAAACAAGAAAAGCCUGCUAGACAGAAACGCCUCAAAAGUUGUUAGCAAAUUAGCAAGCAACAGAGGAGGAGUUAUGUUCAUUUUAAGAUACCGUGGAACCUCGGUUUGCACGCUUUUUGGUUAUCGUCUAAAAUUAGCGACACAAUUUUGCCCCAGUCGGCUAGCAUACAAUAUGGCGCGCGGCUUGUUGUGUUAUUAAUACAUUGCGUGAGUCCAGCUGUGUUCUUAAUGUAUUUUUGUCAUAAAACAUCCUUGUUAGCAACCUAUUGCUAAUACAUAAAAUCCAGCUGUCACCUCUGCCGCCCGUCUAUGAUGUCAUCAGUGGUUGACGCUAUAGUUCUUUGCAAACUUAACACAGGCACACCACAAGUCACUGCUUUUCUUUCGAUCACGGCUGCAAAAUAACCCACGGUGGAGCCAAAGAAAGUCGCAAGUGCCUAUUGAAUUCAAGAAAUAACUCGUAGUAAAACAUUAGGGUGGUAUCCGAGUGGAUCUCACUGCCACAUCGCCGUCUUUGUCAGCAAUCGCGUCUUUGAUCAAGGUAAAAGUGACGUUAAAUGUUCACGUAUCCCUUUCAUUUGUCAUUUACAUACAAUUGCUUAACACAUGCAAAACUGCAAUUGUAAAACUACAAAAACAUGUUUUGCAUAAACAUUUUUGGCUUAACUUGGAUUGACAUAUUUAUGUGAAAAACUCGGACCUUCUGGAACGGAUUAAUGACGCUAACCAAGGUUCCACUGUAAUGGUGAUCAAUGAAAGAUGGUUAUCAAAUAACUAGCUCAGAAAUAGGAUAUUCUUUUUUUUUGUAAUUCCAGUUAUUUCAUAGACAUUGAAAACGUGGUUUUGAAAGAGAUUCUAUUUGGCUCUGAUUUCUUUUGUCUUCAACUUCUUCAAAAACGGUACUGAAAGAGGUGUGGUCGUCUAUUUGGGUUGAUACGGUCAAUGCUGGGUUAGGGUUCUCUAACUUUCUAAAAAUGGAAAUGGCUCCUGACAGGAAAAAGGGCGAGCAUCGACCUCCAUCCUGUUAAAAACACACAGCCAUUGAUGAUAAGACAAAUGCAUGUCAUAAUUUGAAAUGUUUUCUUUUCCUCCGCUACGGAAAAGUCGGUGCUGUAUUUCAUCUAUUCCCUCGCAUGGCUGAAUUUGCAAAGCCAUGAUUGAAAAGAAAACUGGCGUGCUGAUCUCAGGAUAAGGGCGACGGCAGCAGUAAACUUUUGGAUGUAGCGUAGAAAAAGCUGAUUUAAUGACAAAGCUGUUGAUAAGGCUGCUGACGCUCCUGAACUGGCCCAGCCUGGCAGAGGAGCUCCCGGGGGCAGAAAUACAGGCAGCGAUUAUCAUUAAGAUAACAACAUAACAUCACACAAACACAGUGGAGGGAAGGAUUAAAACUAAGGUUGACACUCUUUCUGCUGCAACACACUCCCAGCCUGCGGGCCUACAUACAUCCUUCAAUGCAAAUCAAAUUAUAUUUCCUAAAAAGCUGCCUUAAAGAAAACAAUACAAUUGAUUGUGAAAAUGUUAUCUUAAUGAGUGCCUUCUUUUUCCACUUAAUCCACCGUGCCUUUCGGGGAUAAUAACUGAGACAAGUGGAAGCUUUUUGCCAUUGAUCUUAAUGAAAAUCUGCAAACGCAGAUGUCAGCAUGCUUAAGUAAAUUAAUCAAAGUGACUGUGCAACUGCGGCAACAAAGGGAGGAAAAAAAAAACAAAAAGAAGGGCUGCAUUUUAACACGGGAUUGUCUUUCCUCACAUUUCACAGAGCGGUCAGCGGACACUUGAACUAAACUUAAUGAUCAUCUUUCCGGCACCCAAGGUUGAGAACAAAACGCCGCGAAGCGGGAAGCAAAACGGCGUGUCCUCGAGGCUACCGAGAAGGUUAUCACUCCAGGGUCAUUCCGUUAUCACACAGUUAACAGCUUUUCAUCCCGGAGCCUAUAGGACAGUCGCUAUGCAAUGCAGGUCAAAUUGAUAAGUACGCAAUUCCAAAUCGACCUCCGUCUGAAUUCUG